AUGGUUGAUCCCGCAUGUAUUGAAUUAUACCUUCGAGGCCUUGUUGCAACAUCACAGCUCAUCAUUUUGCUAACACUCAUGGAAAAGGCCAACUUGGCCGUUUACACUGGUGCUCCCUACUUCUCUGCCAUGGCAUCAGCAAAACUAGGCUGUGAUAUGGUAAGGCAACCUACAUUACUGAGAGGGAAUAUACUACUAACAAAUCCAAUGAAGAGCCAUGUUAUAUGCGAGCCAUCUGCUGCGCCAGUAAUCAAAACAUAUUCACCAAAUUUGAUGGUUCAUCCGAUCCUACAGAGCAGCUCAAGCGUGCAGAAUGAUACCCCUAACAAGAGCGUGUCAGACCACGUCAAGCCAAUUGUUGACUUUCUGCCCCGUCUUCAUGUCCUUGUCGUUGGACCAGGCCUUGGUCGUGACCCGUUAACUCAGAAGAUAACAGCCAGCGUGAUCAAAGAGGCAAUUAAACAAAACGUUGCUUUGGUCAUGGAUGCCGAUGCCUUGAUACUUGUUCAAAACGACCCUAAGCUAGUACACGGCUACAAAGAGUGUAUAUUGACUCCCAAUGUGGUGGAAUUUGCUCGACUCAGCAAAUCAGUUGGCCUUGAUCCCCCAUCGAGUGAGGGCAAGUCUGACUCAGACAAGGAGAAAUCCAGGUCUGAGGCAUGUGAGAAAUUGUCACGGGCGCUAGGCGGCGUUUUAAUUAUCCAAAAGGGACCUCAUGAUGUCAUUUCUAAUGGUGAUAUAUCUAUUAUAUCUGAUGUUGAAGGCGGGAAGAAACGAAGUGGUGGGCAAGGCGACACCCUUACCGGUUCGCUGGGAACCUUCAUGGCCUGGAGAAAAGCAUAUCAUGACGGGCUUUGGGACGAUGGCUCAACUUCAAGCGCUGAUGAGGGUUCCGGAAACGAUGCCCAAAUGAUUAAAAACGAAAUUUACGGUGACAAUAACGAUGGCAAGAAGAUGUCAAGGAAAGCUACUUUGUUAUUGGCUGCUUGGGCAGGCAGCGCUAUUACACGAGAAUGCUCCAGGAGGGCGUUUCUAGCGAAAGGUCGAAGCAUGCAAGCGGGUGACCUGACUGAAGAAGUACAUGAAAGUUUUAUGGAAUUAAUUGGUGAAAGGCAAGAGGACGGAUCAAAGUUGUGA